UUGAUUGAUGAAAGAACUUCAAAACCUUUUAUAAAUAACUUGAUCAAAUCUUCAAGGUAUAACUUGUAUAAUUUCCUACCAAAACAAUUAUACUUCCAAUUCUCAAAAAUUGCAAACAUCUAUUUUUUUUCCAUUGCAAUAAUGCAAAUGAUCCCUACAUGGUCAACCACCGGUAAUUAUACAACAAUAAUUCCUCUUUCCAUCUUUAUGCUAAUUUCCAUAUCCAGAGAAGGUUAUGAUGAUCUUAGAAGACACUCUCAAGAUAAAGAAGAAAAUAACAAGUUUUCAACUAUAUUAACUCUACAAAAUCCUGCUCAUAAAUUUAAAAAUAAAAAUCAUAAAAACAUCCUAACUCCCUACACUUCUUCUAACUCUUAUAACAACACCAUACAAACUGAAACUCAAUCAGUAAAUCUCUUUUCUCCAUUGGAUUCUCAUGCUGGAAUCUUUCAAAAGAAAACUCUAUGGAAAGACAUUAGAGUAGGAAACAUUAUCAAAUUAAAGCAAGAUGAAUUGGUCCCUGCGGAUAUAAUCAUUUUAUCCUCCGAUAACCUAAAUAAUGAUGUUUUUAUUGAAACAAUGGAUUUGGAUGGCGAAACAAAUUUAAAGCUUAAAAACCCUCAUAUCGAAUUAAAUAAAUACUGUAACACAGCUAAUGGCUUGAAAAAUAUUGACGCGCUCAUAACUACUGAACAUCCAAAUUUAAAUUUGUAUAAUUUCGAAGGCUAUUUAAAUAUUGAUAACAAAAAGUUUUCUCUCAAUUCUGAUCAUAUAGUUUAUAGAGGCUCGGUAAUCAGAAAUACCUCCAAUUUAUUGGGCUUGGUCGUAUUCACCGGUGAAGAAACAAAAAUAAGAAUGAAUGCCAUUAAAAAUCCCAGAACGAAAGCUCCAAAAUUGCAGCAUCAUGUUAAUAUGAUUGUAUUGUUUAUGAUUGGUCUUGUUAUGUCUUUGUCCUUUGGCUCCUUGGCCGGUGAAUUGAUUCAAUAUAAUAAAUUCAAAGAUGAUAAUUGGUAUCUACUUCGUCAGGAUGCCGGUAUAGCAGCUACUUUUAUGGGGUUUUUAAUCAUGUAUUAUACACUAAUUCCUUUGUCCCUAUAUGUUACAAUGGAAUUGAUCAAAGUAACUCAGCUACUAUUUUUACAGUGGGAUAUUGAUAUGUAUUACCCUUUGACAAAUACUCCCUGUGAAGCAAGGACUGCCACAAUUUUGGAAGAACUAGGUCAGGUUUCCUUUGUUUUUAGUGAUAAAACUGGCACCUUGACAGAUAACUUGAUGAUUUUUAGAAAAUUUAGCGUGGGUGGGGUUUCUUGGUUGCAUGACAUUGAUCUCUUAUUAAAUGAGGAAAAUGAUGAAAGAUUGUCUAUUGAUAUUAACAACCCAACUGCUAUGGCUGGAAUGGUUUCGGCUGAUAAAACCAGAGAUAGUAUUGAUUAUUCAACUCAGAUUGCUGACAAAAGCAAAUUAAAGGUUUUCUCUCAAAUGAGAGGCUCUGUGGAUAUCAGAAGGGGAAAUGGAACUUCUACUUAUACUGGAAGGCCAAGUAUGGCUUCAUUAACUUCCGAUCAAGGCAUCAAUCAUCUAAGAUCUAGUAUCGCUAUGAGUGAGUGGAGAUCCGAAGCUAUUCCUAAUAAAAUACAGGAUAUCAAAUCUUCGUUGGAUUUAAUACUAUACAUUCAACAGAAUCCAUAUUCAGUUUACGCUAGAAAAGCAAAAUUUUUUAUUUUAUCCAUUGCAUUGUGUCAUUCAUGUUUUCCCAAAAAAAUAAACAAUACCAAGGAUAAUAUUGAAUAUCAGUCUUCUUCUCCUGAUGAACUUGCAUUGGUAACUGCCGCUAGGGAUAUGGGUUUUGUGGUGUUUGACAAAGUAAACAAUUUAAUUACUUUACAGGUUUAUCCAAAUGGUUUGCACAAAAAUCCAGUAUAUGAAAGGUACGAAAUUUUAAACACUAUUGAAUUUAAUUCUGUUAGAAAAAGGAUGUCAGUUAUUGUCAAAUUUCCUGAUGAUAAGAUUUGUUUGCUAUGCAAAGGUGCUGAUAAUGUUAUUCUUGAAAAUUCCAAACAUUAUAAAUUUGCUAUGGAAAUUAUGAAAAAGAUUUCUUCAAUUAGCCAAUCUAGAAAAUUAGCAGAAGCUGAAAUUGCAAAGCAGAAUAAAAAAUCCAUGGAAGGAGCUAAAAGCAUUAUGAGAACAUCAAUGCAAUCAAUGAGAAAAAGUGUAAAUAUACAAAAUGAAACAAUUGAUAGCAUUUUAUUUAAUGAACAAAGAAACAAAGAAGAAAUUGAAGAUGUUGCUCAGUUUUCCAGAAAAUCAUUACAUUAUGACCAAGCAAAAAAAUACAGCAUCGAUAACUCAAAACUUUCAACCGAUAAUAUGAGGUCUGCACCUACUUCGGAUUAUAUUGGUGAUGAUAACUUGGUAUUAAAUGAAGAAUAUGUAAUUGAAAAAACAUUGGAGCACAUUGAAGAUUUUUCCACAGAAGGACUAAGAACGUUGUUAUAUUCAUUCAAAUGGUUAAACGAAGAAGAAUACAGAAUUUGGGCAGAGAAGUAUGAAGAGGCUAAAGCUGCGAUAGUAGAUAGAUCACAGAAAAUGGAUGCGCUUGGUGCUGAAAUUGAGACUAAUUUAGAAGUAAGUGGCGCUACAGCUAUUGAAGACAAAUUACAAGAAGGUGUAGCGAACGCUAUUGAAAAAAUUCGCAGAUCUGGAAUUAAAAUGUGGAUGCUAACUGGAGAUAAAAGAGAGACAGCCAUUAACAUUGGUUACUCUUGCAGAUUGGUUAAGGAUUAUUCAACUGUCAUUAUCUUAAGUAAUGAUGAUGGAGAUCAGGCGUUAACAGAGAGAAUUUCAGCAGCUACAAUUGAACUAUCUGAAGGGAAUGUUGUUCACUGUGUUGUUGUAAUAGAUGGAACAACUUUAACAUCUAUGGAUAACGAUGAAACUAUCUACAACAUGUUUAUUAAUUUAUGUAUCAAAGCUGAUUCUGUUAUUUGUUGCAGAGCUAGUCCUUCACAAAAGGCAAAUUUAGUAACAUCAGUGAGGCAAAAGUACAAAAAUUCAGUGACGCUUGCCAUUGGAGAUGGAGCAAAUGAUAUUGCAAUGAUUCAAAGUGCAGACAUAGGUGUUGGAAUUACAGGUAAAGAGGGUCUCCAGGCUGCAAGAUCAUCUGACUAUUCAAUUGCACAAUUUAGAUUUUUGAUUAAAUUAUUAUUAGUGCAUGGUCGGUACAAUUAUAUUCGAACUUCAAAGUUUGUUUUAUGCACUUUCUACAAAGAGGUUUUAUUUUACAUAUCUCAAUUAUUGUUUCAAUCUAAUACCUUAUUUACAGGCGCAUCUUUGUAUGAGCCCUGGUCUUUAUCAAUGUUUAAUACUCUAUUCACAUCUUUACCUGUUUUAUGCAUUGGUAUGUUUGAAAAAGAUUUGAAAGCUGCUACACUAAUUGCUGUCCCCGAAUUAUAUUCAAUUGGCAGGCAUAAUAAAUGCUUUAAUUUUAAAAUAUUUUUUGAAUGGAUGUUUUUGGCAUUAUUUAUAAGUGUUGCAGUCUGUUUUUCUUCAUGGUAUUUAUGGGGUUUUAGUUCUAUGAGCGAUAACACAUUUUACCCUAUGGGCACUUUAACAUUUACUGCGUUUGUUGUUAUUAUUAACAUUAAAUGUCAAAUAAUUGAGCAACGAGACAGAACAAUAUUAAAUUUUUUAUCUCUUAUAAUUGAAAUUGGGGGAUGGCUUGUUUGGUGUAUGGCGUUACCAGUUUUGUAUUCGAGAGAAUCGUCUAAUAUCUACUUUGUUGAUUCAGGAUUAUAUAAUGAAUUUGGAAAAGAUCAUACUUGGUGGGCUUGUUGUGUAUUCAUUACAGUUCUUGGAAUUUUGAUUGAGGUUAUAAUAAAAGCAUUAAGAAAUUGGUUUUUUCCAGAAGACGUUGACUUUUUUCAGCAAAUCGAAAGAAAUUAUAAAUAUAGGAAAUUGUUUGAAACUGAUGCUUAUGAAGAGUUGCAUCAAACUUGGGAAUCAAAUAAAGAUAAAAGUUUCCAUUCGUUAAGAAAUAGUAAAAUUGGCAAAAAAAUUGGAAAUAAUCAAAAAAAAAUCAGGUCGAUUUUAAAAUACAAAAGCAGAGAUAUUGAUAAAUCGAAAACAAAAAAUAAAUCUAAUAUUGAGUUUAAUGAGUUGGAUUUGGAAAGAAAUAUUGAGGAUGAAGGAAGUUCGAAUACGUCAAGAAAUGUUAAUCCAAAUUAUGAAGUUGAAGUUUUACCUAGUGGUAAAAUUUACAAGAGGCGGAUUAAUGACAGUAAGUUAAGAAAAAUUGGGAAAAAGUUAAGAUUUCUAGAUGAAGAAGAGUCUUCUGAUGAUGAAUUUAUUGAAAGAAUAAUUAGGCAUCGUCAAACAGAUUAA